AGAACCUCCCCCUCCCCACCCCCUAUCUCAAGGAAACCAUUCCCAUUGCAUGGGUCAACACGACCCUGUUUGAUUACCAGGGUAAGCUGCGGUCGGGUCCAUUGAAGCUCUUUGCAUGGCCUGUACCUGAAACAAUGGCAGACCAACUCAAUCCAGUUGGCACAGUGGUGUCCAAUAUCAACACUGCUACCUCAGUCUCACUCAGCAUUGAAUUUCCAAGUUACUCCCAUGCUGUUGUGUAUCCAUCAUUUGAGAAGAUUGCUGAACUAGCUGCAGAAGUUACUGACUUCAACAUUUUUGGAGGAGCAGAUGAAACAUUGAUUGAGCAACUAAGGCAGAUUGUAAACCGUGAACCCUUGGCCCCAAUCUUUGAACAAGAAAAGGAGCUUGUUUGGGAGAGGAGAAUUGACUGUCGAGAACAUUUUCCGCAUGCUCUAGCAAAACUGUUGUGUUGUGUGAAGUGGAACAGCAAUAAAGAUGUUGCUUUGGUAUGUAUUAGUAAACAUGUAUAUUGUAUCAAGCUUUCAUUUAAGUGCCCAAAUCCCAGGGAUGUAACUAUGGUGGGGGAAUUUUGCAGAACACUGAACACGAAAUGCAGAAUGCCAAACCCAAAAUACAUGUUUUGUUUUGGGUUAAUUGCGCUCAUAUUUGCUUGCGGUUAGCAUUUGUUUUAAAGGACAGCAUUAACGAUGUUGUAUUUGGCCCGUUCCAAAACAUAAAAGGUACUGUAGCCCUAAGCAAACACAAGUGAAACUAACGGGACAAAAACAGGGAAUUUGGCAUUUGGCAUUGGGCAUUCAGUGUUGUGCAAAUUACCCCUGCCGAGGUAACUAGGAAGAAAACUAACUAUCGUAAGUAGGCUUAAUAAGCUCAGCUGGCUUUCUUGAUGAGUGCAACUUUAAAAUUACCCUGACGAGCCCUGCAGCGCGUGCACUUUCAAGUCCGAGUAUUCAAUUGUCAACAAAUCGUGACGAAGAUUUCUUUCGUUAUCUUUGAUAUUGUCAGUGGUAAAAAACGAAUUGAAUGUGGUUUGGCGUGGUCUGUACUCUUAUUGAGAACGAGUACGUGUCAUCACAG